AUGGAAAUGAGUAAGCCGUUCCUUCGAAUAUGCCAGCUACUGUUGGGCCUUUUCGGGCUAAUUUCGACCCUUUACGUAGCUGUAGAGUUCAUAUACUUUAUAAGUGUGCCUAAAGUGCAACCGUAUAGAAAAGAUUCGGAUGUAGUAACUUGGUCGCUACUUGUAAAUGUAGCAUUGCUCUCUGUAUUUUACCUGCAGCAUUCGCUGAUGGCUACUAGUAAAAUGAAAGAUAUAUUUCAAGCGUACGGGUUUGAAAUGGUGUUUCGAAGCGUAUACUCUAUAGCCACAUCGGGAAUAUUAUUGUGCCUUAUAAGAAAUUGGAAGACAACAAACGUUAUAUUAUGGAGCCUGAAUUUGAAUUACAAGCCCCUAUGGUGGCUCUUUGUAUCAGCUCAUAUCGUAGCGUGGGUUGUUAUUUACGUCAGUAACAUGUGCCGAGAUGUUACUGAGCUGUUGGGACUGAAGCAAGUUUUCUACAGCUUGAGGAAUCUGCCCGAUCCGAAUUUGAAGAAGUCCGUGGAGUAUCAGAAUCUGAACAAUCACAUGAGACAUCCGAGUUUUUCGGCUUUCGCCUUGCUGUUUUGGUUCACGCCAUUAAUGAGCUUGGAUAGAAUGCUAUUAGCAGUGAUAUUGACUGGUUACAUGUACGUGACGUGGAAUACGACCCGAAAUGACUAUUAUUAUGUGAAGUAUCAAUUAGAACGAAAGCGUUUCAGUCUGGAUCAUUCGGACAUUUUUAAAAAUUAA